AUGAGCCACUGUGCCCGGCCUAAGCUGAAUUUCUAUAUGAAAUUUUUCUAUUUUUAAACUUUGACUGAUUUUUUACAAUCUGAGUAGCUCAAAUAAAACUAGUUUGGGGGACAAAUUGGUUUUCAGGUCAUGAAUUUGAAGUCUCUGAUGCAUAUUGGGAUAGGUUGGCAUAUGGGAUGGGCCUGUGGAUCAUCUCUCAAAGGACUGGUGUGGUGUGGGAGUCCUAGGGAAACCUGUGUGUGGAGGGGGCUGUUUAUGUUCAUCUUUGCAUAUGGAUAUGGAGGAGUCCAAGAUAUGUAUGUAAAGUAAAAAACAAGUUAUAGAAUGAUAUGUACAAUUUUAUUCUAUUUAUGUAAUUUUUUCUAAAACGAGAUAUAUAUAUAUAUAAAAUUUUGAGUUCAUAAAAAUGUCAUAAGUGCAAAACCCGAAAAGGAUAUACAAGAAACGGAUCAAGGUAGUUGCCCCUGGGAUUGACACUGAAUUGGAGGCAGGAAAAGGAACCGCUUUUUAGUUUAUACCCUUCGGUAGCAUGCAGUACUUAAAUAAUUUUUGAAAAGUAAAAUUAAAAGAGCUGUUGGAAAGUAUAAUUCCUAUAUGUUACAAUUGAGGAGACUCGCUAUAUAUGAAUACUGAAGCCUUCAGUGCUAAGAAUGUUGAGGAAGGAAGGAAAUUAGAGUGGUCUGGCAUGAUUAGGAAGGGCUACUUGGAAGAGAAGGGGCCUUGAAGAUUGGGCAGAAAUCCUUAGGGAAAAGGACAGAUGGAGCCAAAGCCCAGAGGUAGAAAAGAAAGGGUGGCUUGGGGACUGGUGGGCAGUUAAAGUUGACAGAAGCCAAGAGUAUCGGGAAGCAGUGAGAGAUAAAGAGGCUUUAACACUGAGGAGCCAUGAAGGGUAUUUGGGCAGGAGAUAAUGGAACAAGAGCAGUGCUCCAGCAUGCUUAAACCGGCAACAAGGAUGAGGGAAUUUGGAGAUGAAGCCACAGGGCGGCAGCCUCUCAUGUGGCCCCUGCUGGUUCCCAAGAUAGCUGUCACUAAUUCCUGCUAGGGUAUUUCCUGGUGAACAAGGAUUAUUUCUAUAUAACUGAUGAAUAAACUCCUGGCAUUUCCUGUUCUUCCACUCUCAAGAGUGUGACUCUUGGAAGCUUGCCAACCUCUGCUGGUGCCCGAUGUGGUUUCUCUACAUCUAAAGCCAGUGUGUCUCCCAAGACAUUUUGGAGGUUCUAUAGAGCAACUAGACAUUGACUGACAUGUAGCCACUAGAAACAAGCCCACACUUUGCAGUUAGACAGAUCUGGACUUGAAUUUUGACCUUGCCACUUGCUUGUUAUGUGAUCUUAGAAUGGCUCUUGACUCCUUUGGGCCUCAGUUUCCUCAUUUGUGAAAUGAAGAUAAUAUGAUUUACCUUCUAGGGUAUUAUGCCUUUUAGGUUGAUACAUAGCAAAUAGGUCUGCUUUGCUUUUCUAUGACAACACCUGCUCUGAGCUCUCUGUGUGUAUAUAUAUUUAUAUGUACUUAUGACCAUAUCAGUCUAUUCUAUUGGAUUAUAAGCUACUAUUCUGUGGAGGUGAUGAUGAUCUAAUCAUUAUUUUUCUCCAAAGCACUCAGAGGGCUAAGCAAAUAGUUGGGCUUUAAUAAGUGUUGAAUGCGUGGGAUUUGUGCUCUGAAACCUAAUCCAGUCUUUAUAGUGAUUGAGUUGUGAUUGAUUAGGCUGUGUCUGUAGGCUAGGGUAUACCUCUUCUGUGACCAAAAUAGUUCUGUCCAAGCAAAUGCCCUUGUUAUGAUAAUAUUUCAGGAUGGCUUGUGAGUCGUUCAUUCAUUCUGCUAUGGCAGAUUGAUAUUUUGUAGGGCUUGGUGUUUAAUAUGGUAAUUUGGGGAGCCUUCUUUAAAAAUAAAUAAAAUUGCAGAAAGCAUGUAAACACAUUGGUAGGGCUCUUCCUGGGGCCUGGAGGAGGCUUGUGAAAGUGAGGGGCCCUGAAGCUUGAGCUUCUUCGGUUUCACAGUAAAUCAUCUCCACAUUUAAAGAUUUAUAGAACAUUCACUACAGGUAGUAUUAAGAGUUAUGAAGGAUAUGGAGGUUUCUAAAAGGCAAAAGAUGGAUACGAGUUUUAGUAAUAUAGUCAUCCUAAGUAGACUCAGGACAAAAUCCCUUGUAUUUUUUUUCAUUCAACAAAUACUUGUGGAAUACCUACUAUGUGCCAGGCACUAUGCUAAGCCCCGGAACAUAGCCGUGAAAACACUAGUCUCUGCCCCAUGGAGCUCAUAUUCAAGUGUCACCUGCAUUGUGACUUGUAGACCUACGUAGGUUGCAAUGGAAAGAGCCACAGUGUUGAUCUGUGACUUUGGUGCCUAGUGUCUCUUUUUAACCCCUCUUCCCUUCUCCUUUUCAGGCCUGUUCUGGGAAUGAGUGCCACAUGGUUAAAUCGGUGCUGAGAGAACCUUAGGCAUCCCAAGCAGUGAUGAAAGAAUCAUUGUUACCAGGGGGAGUGGGUUUGCUGACUUGUAACCACUCAAACUCUUCCCUGCCCUGACUGGUAUGAAAUAUUGAUAAGGAGCCAUUGUUUCUUCACCAAAGAUAGUCUCUGAUUUGGGGCUGAGUUCAGCUCGGUAUGGUAGGGCAAACCUGAAUGAGCAAUUUGUUCUGACUCCAGAGCUGUAGGUAGGGGUGUUUCUUUAUGUCCUGGUUCUAGAGGGGCAGGCAACCCCACGGUCUCAAAGAAGAGGAGAAUUGGAUUCUAGAGACAUGAAGUGCUUGCCUGGUUGUUUACCUUUAUCCACUGCUCCCCUUGGCCACAGUGGGGCAGUGACUCAGAGCUGGAACUAUGUUCCUGCCUGGUUGCCAGAUUUUGCUUGAGGGGUGGAGAGGAAGGAGAAUGAAUGAGCAGGAGCAAGUGGCUGCUGGAUUUGUAACACCUUGGGAGGCAGCUGCUCAAGAACCGAAAUUGAGAGAGAGCAGCCAUAACCAGCAGACCACAGCAUUCAGGCAUCCUGUGACGGGGCAGUUUUCUCCGGAAAACAGUGAAUUCAUUCUUCAAGAAGAGCCAAAUCCACAUAUGUCGAAGCAAGAGAGAAACCAAAGACCGUCCAGCAUGGUCAGUGAAACAUCCACGGCUGGGACCGCCUCCACCCUGGAGGCCAAGCCUGGACCCAAGAUCAUAAAGUCCAGCAAUAAAGUCCACAGCUUUGGGAAGAGAGACCAGGCCAUUCGGAGGAACCCCAAUGUUCCCGUGGUGGUGAGGGGCUGGCUGCACAAGCAGGACAGUUCUGGGAUGAGGCUGUGGAAAAGGAGGUGGUUUGUGCUUGCUGAUUACUGCUUAUUUUACUAUAAAGAUAGCCGAGAAGAAGCGGUCCUCGGGAGCAUCCCCUUGCCCAGCUACGUGAUCUCGCCUGUGGCCCCUGAGGAUCGCAUAAGCCGCAAAUACUCCUUUAAGGCUGUGCACACAGGGAUGCGAGCGCUCAUCUAUAACAGCUCCAUGGCGGGCUCUCAGGCCGAGCAGUCGGGCAUGAGGACCUACUACUUCAGUGCCGACACCCAGGAGGACAUGAACGCUUGGGUCAGGGCCAUGAACCAGGCUGCACAGGUGCUGUCUCGAUCAUCACUGAAGAGGGACAUGGAGAAGGUGGAGCGGCAGGCUGUCCCCCAGGCCAACCACACAGAGUCCUGUCAUGAAUGUGGCCGGGUGGGACCCGGACAUACGAGAGAUUGUUCUCAUCGUGGCCAUGAUGACACUGUCAACUUCGAGAGGCAGGAGCAGGAGGGAGAGCAGUACCGUUCCCAGAGGGACCCGCUGGAGGGCAAGCGGGACCGGAGCAAGGCCAGGUCUCCAUACUCGCCAGCCGAGGAGGAUGCCUUGUUUAUGGAUUUACCCAGUGGCCCAAGAGGCCAGCAGGCACAGCCCCAACGGGCAGAGAAGAAUGGAAUGUUGCCUGCCUCAUAUGGCCCAGGAGAACAGAAUGGGACUGGCGGGUACCAGCGGGCCUUUCCUCCCAGGACCAACCCUGAAAAACACAGCCAAAGGAAGAGCAAUCUGGUCCAGGUGGAGCACUGGGCAAGGGCCCAGAAGGGGGACAGCAGGAGUCUUCCCUUGGACCAGACGCUUCCUCGCCAGGGUCCUGGCCAACCCCUGUCCUUCCCAGAAAACUACCAGACUCUUCCCAGGAGCACCCGACACCCCUCGGGGGGCUCCUCGCCACCUCCCCGAAACCUGCCAAGUGACUACAAGUACGCGCAGGACCGAGCCAGCCACCUGAAGAUGUCGAGUGAAGAGCGCCGGGCGCACCGGGAUGGCACCGUGUGGCAGCUCUACGAGUGGCAGCAGCGCCAGCAGUUCCGGCACGGCAGCCCCACGGCACCUAUCUGCCUCGGCUCCCCAGAGUUCACCGACCAGGGCCGGAGCAGGAGCAUGCUAGAGGUGCCCCGCUCCAUCUCUGUGCCUCCAUCUCCCUCGGACAUCCCUCCCCCGGGACCCCCAAGGGUCUUCCCACCCCGGCGGCCACACACGCCAGCAGAGCGAGUCACAGUGAAGCCACCGGACCAGAGGAGGAGUGUGGACAUCUCACUGGGGGAUUCUCCAAGGAAGGCACGGGGCUACGCUGUCAAGAACUCGUCUCACGUGGACCGACGCUCCAUGCCCUCCAUGGGUUACAUGACCCACACCGUCAGUGCUCCCAGUUUACAUGGAAAAUCGGCUGAUGACACCUACCUCCAGCUGAAGAAAGACCUGGAGUACCUGGAUCUAAAGAUUAAAAAUAAUGAACCUUUGAUCAACGUGCUUUACAAAGUGCUGAAGAAGUCAGCACGGGGCUGUCGGCCCAGGAGAAGCAUGACAGGCCGGGACCUUCUCAAGGAUCGAAGUCUGAAGCCUGUGAAGAUCGCUGAGAGCGACAUUGACGUCAAACUGAGCAUCUUCUGCGAACAGGACAGGAUCCUCCAGGACUUGGAAGACAAGAUACGAGCCCUUAAAGAGAACAAAGACCAGCUAGAAUCUGUGCUGGAGGUGUUGCACAGACAGAUGGAACAGUACCGAGACCAGCCCCAGCACUUGGAGAAGAUUGCCUACCAGCAGAAGUUGCUGCAGGAGGACCUCGUCCACAUCCGAGCUGAGCUCUCCAGAGAGUCCACUGAGAUGGAAAAUGCUUGGAACGAAUACCUGAAGUUGGAGAAUGAUGUGGAACAGCUGAAGCAGACCCUGCAGGAGCAACACAGAAGAGCCUUUUUUUUCCAGGAGAAAUCGCAGAUACAGAAAGAUCUAUGGAGAAUUGAAGAUGUCACUGCAGGCCUGAGUGCAAAUAAAGAGAACUUCAGAAUUCUAGUGGAGUCCGUCAAAAAUCCGGAGAGAAAAACGGUGCCUUUGUUUCCUCACCCGCCUGUGCCUUCACUCUCAACUUCUGAGAGCAAGCCGCCCCCACAGCCCAGUCCUCCCACCAGCCCUGUGCGGACCCCUCUGGAGGUUCGACUCUUCCCCCAGCUGCAAACCUACGUGCCGUACCGACCUCACCCACCCCAGCUGAGGAAAGUGACAUCCCCCCUUCAGUCACCAACUAAGACGAAGCCCAAAGUUCAGGAAGAUGAAGCCCCUCCCAGGCCCCCACUCCCCGAACUCUACAGCCCAGAGGACCAGCCCCCGGCCGUGCCGCCUCUGCCGAGAGAGGCCACCAUCAUCCGGCACACGUCUGUGCGGGGCCUCAAGCGGCAGUCAGAUGAGAGGAAGCGAGACCGGGAGCUGGGGCAGUGUGUGAACGGGGACUCCAGGGUGGAGCUGCGGUCGUAUGUCAGUGAGCCUGAGCUGGCGACCCUCAGCGGGGACAUGGCCCAGCCCUCCCUGGGACUUGUGGGCCCUGAGAGCAGGUACCAGACGCUGCCAGGCAGAGGGCUGUCAGGGUCCAUGUCAAGGCUCCAGCAGUCGUCCACCAUUGCUCCCUACGUCACACUCCGGAGGGGUCUCAAUGCCGAAAGCAGCAAGGCGACCUUCCCUAGACCCAAGAGUGCCUUGGAGCGCCUGUACUCAGGGGAUCACCAGCGGGGCAAGAUGAGUGCGGAGGAGCAGCUGGAGCGCAUGAAGCGACACCAGAAGGCCCUGGUCCGAGAGCGCAAAAGGACACUGGGCCAAGGGGAGAGGAUGGGCCUGCCCUCAUCUCGCUACCUCAGCCGGCCACUCCCUGGAGAUCUUGGCUCAUGGAAGCGUGAGCAGGACUUUGACCUGCAGUUGCUGGAACGGGUCGUGCAAGGGGAAAAAAAGGACAAGGAGGAGAAUGGCUGGUUGAAAGUGCAGGCCAUGCCUGUCACUGAGUUGGACCUGGAGCCUCAAGACUAUGACUUGGACAUCAGCAGAGAGUUGUCCAAACCAGAGAAGGUGUCAAUCCCUGAGCGCUACGUGGAGCUAGAUCCCGAAGAGCCACCUAGCCUUGAGGAGCUGCAAGCGCGUUACCGCAAAGCCGAGAAGAUCCGCAACAUCCUCGCCCGGUCAAGCAUGUGCAACCUGCAGCCGACCUCAGGCCAGGACCGGAACGGUGUGGCUGACCUGGACUUGCAGCUGCAGGAGCAGGAGCGCAUCAUCAACAUCUCCUAUGCCCUGGCCUCCGAGGCCUCCCAGCGUAGCAAGCAGGUGGCAGCCCAGGCAGUGACUGACCCGUGACUCAGCACACGAAGGAGAAGCCUGGAGCCAGGGGCCCAGUGGAACCAGCUUCCUCCAAGGAGAUGACCUUUCUGCCCCCAAGGAAACCACUUCCAGCUGAGCAGGGAAUCUGGCUGGAGGAAGGAGCAGCUUACUGACUACAGGUGUUCACCACAGACCAGGUCCUAAUAUGCACCCACUAGUUUAGCUCAGACUCCUCUCUACAUAUGAAUGGCAAAGGCACUUUUGAUACACACUGUAGAAUACACUGUAUUUUAGAAUCGGAAUCUAUUUUCUAAUGUUCACCUCAAGGGCUGAGUGGCAGGAAGGGUGAGGAUGCAGGACUUUGCAGCUGCACAUACAGAUUCGGGUACUUUGGGUGACAGGUGUUGGGGGGUGGGAAGGGUGGGGCAAGCAGAGGCUAGUCCAGCUUCCAAUGACCUUAGGAGAAAGUGAGAUUUGAAGAGGUGUUCCCAGUAGACUCCAGCAAGAGGCUGGUUGGCGUGCUGUCUGGGAGUAGAGGGAACCUUGGCUGCAGAGAUCAGCUGUCCCUGACCUGAUGACCCGCUCUAUGUGAAACUCCACCAGGAUCGCACAUGGAGCCCAAGUCUGUGCCUUGCCCCUUGGGUUUGGCUUAGGGGCAACAGUGUGUUCAAGAGUACUGGGGCCCACAGGCUUUCCUCAGCAAAGGGCUCUUGUCAGAAAGAAAAAAGCAGUUUGCUUUCUCUCUCUCUUUUUUUUUUUUUGAGACAGAGUUUCACUCUCGUUGCCCGGGCUGGAGUGCAGUGGCGCUAUCUCGGUUCAUCGCAACCUCUGCCUCCCGGGUUCAAGCGAUUCUCCUGCCUCAGCCUCCCGAGUAGCUGGGAUUACAGGCAUAUGCCACCACGCCCAGCUAAUUUUGUAUUUUUAGUAGAGACGAGGUUUCUCCAUGUUGGUCAGGCUGGUCUUGAACUCCCGACCUCAGGUUAUCCACCCGCCUCGGCCUCCCAAAGUGUUGGGAUUACAGGUGUGAGCCACCACGCCUGGCCUGCUUUCAUUUUUAACAGUACACAUUGAAGUACAGAAAAUGUGAGAGGAAGCAACUUUCAUUGUAUUAUAGCAAUAAACUCCAUACUGGGUGACAUCUACCUAGAAAUCCCUUCCCUCCAACCAGGCCAUGAUGGGAACCUUUGCGGCCUGCCCUUGGAGAAUCCCGGGUUGGCUUCCCUGGGACUCAGGUCUGGUGGCAGGAGGGCAGCAGUGUGCCCCCACCAUCCCUCAUGGCCAUAAUGGCAGGACUUUGAUUUGACUUCCAGCCCCACAUGAGGAGGGGGGCUACCAAGCCAGGUGCAGUGUUUGUGGCCCUUUAUUUAAGUUGUGUUCUUAUAUUAUUCUGCAUAUAAAAAAUGACGUUUAAAUGGAAAUACAACAACAACAAAAACCUCCAUUGGGUGGAGCCACACUUUAAAUGAAAAUUUCUCUUUGACUAUGCUCAGAAAAAAAAUAGAAUUUUGAAUAUAUUUAGCAGUUGUCGUCUAUUUUUAACUAACUCCAUAUGCUGCCAGUAUCGACUUCAUGACAUUUGCCAAAAUAAAAUUUUAUUUUUGCCUUUGUAAGAUUUUCUUGGAGAAAAUGAAAUGAAUAUUUUGCAAGAAAAAGUUAAUUUAAAAAUGUAAUGGUUUGCAAAAAAAAUGUGGUGUACAGAUUAAAAUAUUAACCUGA